CACACACACACACACACACAUACACAGAGAGUCCAGAAAUAACUUUACCUGGCGAGUUUCCGUCACUCGUCGGGCGCGAGGAGGGUUUAUCGAGCACCAGCUCUAAAUGGCGAGUCGAGGUUCGGAUGAAGGACGGCAUCAUCCUCUGCAGGAUCAUCAUCAUCACCAUCAUCAUCAUCAUCACACCGAACCUGCUGUGCGCGAGGCGCAGAGAUGGAUAGAGGCUGUGACCGGCAGGAGUUUCUCUGACAGGGACUUCAGAGCUGGACUCAACAACGGCAUCUUACUGUGCGAACUGCUGAGCUCGAUCAGACCGGGUCUGGUGAAGAAGAUAAACCGGCUGCCCACUCCUGUAGCGGCUCUGGAUAAUGUGGCGCUCUUCCUGAAGGGUUGUGAGGAGUUGGGUUUGAAGGGAUCGCAGCUGUUCGAUCCUGAAGAUCUACAGGACACCACACACACCAACAAAGCUCCAGAAAACCACCAGAAGUUAAAACAUGUUCUGAUCACCGUCUACUGGCUAGGUCGAGCAGCCAACACCAGCGCCACUUACAACGGGCCCACGCUGGCCCUGCAGGAGUUCGAGUCGCUGAUGAGAAGGGAGCUGGACAGCCCGCAGCGCAGCGUCAGGGACAGUGGGUACAUCGACUGCUGUGAGUCGGAGCGCAGCCACUCUCUCUCCCCGCCGACACACACACGAGACGACUCGUUCGACAGCCUGGACUCCAUCGGCUCGCGCUCCCGCCACACUCCCUCGCCCGACGGCCUGCUCGGCCUCGGCUACAGCGAUGGCCGCGGCAGCGACUCGGAGAGCGACGCCCCCCAGAGGAAGAUGCCGGACGUGCGCAAAGACGACAUGCUGGUGCGGAGAACGUCCGUCAGCGAGCCACGGAUCGCCCUUCCUUUCAACCAGUACCUGCCCAACAAGACUAACCAGAGCACGUUCAUGCCCGCGCCGGUGCGCCGCCCACGCGCGGACCGAGACGACAGCUGCAGGAGCUGGAGCAGCACAACCUCACCUGUUGGAGGAGAGAGGCCUUUCAGUGUUAGUGAAACCCUUUGGUUAGACGUGUCCUGUGUGGUAACAGGAAGUGAUGUUCUCUGUGGAGAGUCUCAGACAGACAGUGAGAACUCCAGAGCUUCUCCUCAGAACGACCCCGUGUCCAUGAAUCCACAACUCAGUGACCCUCAGAUCAGACCCCCCCUCCAGCCCUCUGUACACCCUCUCGAUCUCGAGCAGAGCCAAUCAGAGGACAGAGACGGACGGGACGCUGUCUGCCAAACUCCUCCACACCCCCCGGAUCCCCUUCAGAACGACUCGCUGAUGUCCAUUAAUCAGACUGCAGGAAAUGACAUCAGGAGUGUGAGCAUGAUUGACAUGCGAGGAAGUGAGGAAGACUCUAUGUUGCCACCCCAUAGUCAAGUUCGACAUGAGCUCAUGCACAACCAGUACAACAUGCUGAAAGAGGAAGAAGACCACUGGCAGGACGACUUGGCCAAAUGGAAGAGUCGCAGAAGGAGUGUGUCUCAGGACCUGAUCAAAAAAGAAGAGGAGAGGAAGAUGAUGGAGAGACUGUUGAGUGGAGGAGGAGGAUCACAGAGAAGAAAAAGCAUCAAGACGUACAGAGAAAUAGUGGAGGAGAAGGAGCGUCGUGAACAGGAGUUGCAUGAAGCCUACCGGAGCGCCCGAACACCAGAGGAAGCAGCAUCUGUGCUGCAGCGUUAUGCCCUGCGCUUCACCAUCAGUGAGGCCGUUCUCGAGCGCCUCAAACUCCCCAAGCUGCUGGAGAGGAGUGUGUCGGCCGACCCAACUCGUCCCUCCUCGUUCCCCGUCUCCUCAGACAUCUCCUGCUCCUUCAGUGCUGGCUCAAACCCGCUGCAGUACCUGAGGCAGCAGUCUCUCCCCGCAGCCAAGUUCAUAUCCUCGGUGGAAGCACAGGUGACGGGAUACAGCACAGAGCCGGAGACGGAGACGGGAUACAGCACAGAUCCGGUGAUGGAGGCGGGAUACAGCACAGAGCAGGGAAACGUCAGAGAUAUGGAGUGUGUUUCAGGUCCAUCUCGCUCGUGUGCGACAGCGCCCUCUCUGGCUCCGAGACCGUACAGACAGAGCAGAAGUAGCACUGCUAAGAAUGAAAUGGUGCGAGUGAAUGGAGAAAGGGAGGAUGAUGAGCAGAAGGGAGGAAGAAACAGAGAGAGGGAAGGCUGUCUGCACACAGACCUCACAGAUCCCGACGUGUCCGCUGGAUCCACACACACACCGGAGCGCUGCGAGAACCACAGGGAACACACACAGACUGAAGGAGCGGCGGUCCCGCAGGUCAGCGAUGACGACGCCACGUCCACAGAAGUCUUGGAGAUGAAACCAGACGACACGGCUACAGUCAAUACCUCGUGUUCCUGCACAGAUGAUGAGCAGACAGACGAGACGUGUGUGAGUGACUCUCUGCAGACCGUGAUUCAGGCGGACUCUUCUGCACAGAUCAAUGAACUAGUAACGGAGAUCCCACAGAAUCUAUCAGAAACAUCCACCGCAGAAUCAUGCAGAACCAGAACAGAUUUGACUGAAAAGGCUGGAAAUGUGCUGAAUCUGGUGAAGCGCGGUGAACACUUUUCUUGGAGCCCAGAGGAAGAGCGCAAGCGUCAGGAGAGCUGGCAGCGAGAGCAGGAACGCAUGCUUCAGGAGAAAUAUCGGCGUGAACAGGAGAAGUUGAAGCAGGAAUGGGAGCAGGCGCAGAAGGAAGUGGAAGAGGAGGAGAGGCGGUACCAUGAGGAGGAGAGGAAGAUUCUGGAGGAGACCGUGACCCCGCUGACCCUGCUGUCCCCCCUGAACCCUGUGACCCCUCACUCACCGACGGCACUGCCAGUCCUUCCCAAAACACAAAACACUUUGCAGUCCCAGCCCGAGCGGGAACACAGGCUGGGGCCAGUGGAGAACCAGACGAGCUCCGAGGACUGCAGACAAAGGGAAAACGGCGUCGGUGAAGCAACGCAGACACACACUCAGAGUUUACAGAUGACAGUAAGCAGUUCUCCUCAGCCGGGCUGUGUGUCGGUGGGUCCGAGAGGACGAGGGGAGCCACUGCAGUCUCCACAGGAUACACCACUGGGCAAUAGAGAGCAGAACGAGACCUGUAAUAAGAAUACAUCACAACCAAAACCUGGUGGACGCAAGAGGUCUGUCAGUGGGAAGAAACUGUGUUCAAGUUGUGGACACCCGCUUGGCAAAGGUGCCGCCAUGAUCAUAGAGACUCUCAGCCUUUACUUCCACAUUCAGUGCUUUAAGUGUGGGAUCUGUAAGGGCCAGCUGGGCGACACCAGCACAGGAACAGAUGUGCGGAUCAGGAACGGGCUGCUCAACUGCCAUCAGUGCUAUAUCCGCUCCCGCUCUGCUGGUCAGCCCACCACACUAUGAACUCUGUAGGAGCAAAACACAAUCUUCACAUAUGUGAAUACAAGCACAUUUAAAAUCAACCCACUUCAAUGUCUUCAAGUCUCUUUUUCAACACGGCUGCGGUGAAAACCACGCUUCUGGCAGUGGAAAGUGUGUUCUCUUGAUGAUCGGAGUCACCUAUAGAUCAUUAACACUAAUGAGGAAAGGAGCUGAAUGACUCCCUGUCUGAAUCCACUCGUCCUCGUCUAGUUUUAAAAGUAGUCUAUUAAAUCUGGCUUGAUUUGCUAUUCGACUACAGCUGAGCGUUCAGAGUGAUGGCUUUUCAAUUUCAAUUCUGUCUGGAUUAAAACACCAAAUCUGUCCAAGCUUUCACAAGAAUUUCUGUCUGUUAAAUAUAAAGUUAUAUUGUCUUUAUUUUCAAAACAUAACAUGUUAGCAUUCAUAGUGCCUCAUGAUAAAAGAAAGCCUGUAAUCAUGGGAACACAGUCACUGUAAUCAUUCUAUGAACUAUAUGGAGGAAAGUAUGUAUUUUUAUUCAUAAAAAGUACAUUUGAGCUGAUAAAAAUGCGAAUGCAUGUGGACUGACUGCUGUUAAGAUGACAGACAUAUUCAAUAUUCAUACAUUGAUGCUUUUGGAAGUUGUGCCUUAGGAGAGAUGUGACGUCUACGAGGAAGUGUUUGAUGCAAAGACUGUUUCUACGCUCAGAUGAAAAAUAUGGAAUAUAUUUUUGCUCAUUUAUGAUCGUAUGGAUCAGGUUGCACCUUGCUCUUUGAAAUAAUGGAGUGUUUGCCUAAAUAUCUCAGUUUUGCCCUUUUCACA